AUGAAACAUAAUCGAUACAACAAACCAAACUACCCUUACUCUUACAGACCCUCACCAUGGGCCUAUGAUGAUUAUUCUUAUGGACGGGAUCAUAGAUCUCAAUCUUGGACGAACGGUUCGAGAGCUCCAAGUCCGCCGAGGUCUCAAAGAUGGAGACCUCCACCGCCGAAACGUAAACAAAACGGCGGAUCGCAUUCCGAUGCGAAAAAAUCGAAAAAAGACGAUAAACCUUCAGGUAUACAAAUGUUUGUAACAACUGCGGAAUUUCCAACUACAAGUUUAACCGAAGAACAAUUGGAACUAUUACAAACCUCAAUUCUAAACGAAAUUACAAAAAUUGCCGCCGAAGAUUUCCAUCCUCAGUUUCUAGAUUGCUUCAAACGAAGAGGCAAUCUUAUCAUCGUUUGCAACAACCAAGAUAGUGUGAAUUGGCUGAAGACAACAGUGCCUAGUUUAGCCCCUUGGGAGGGUGCUCAAUGCAAGGCUUUAGAACCUAGCGAAGUACCAAAUUUGAUGGAUAUUCUUAUAACUAUACCUGGAGAAUUGGAUGCUGAUACUUUACUACAUCGGAUCGAAAAACAAAACGAAGACAUCCAAACGGCCAAUUGGAAUUUGACUAGCAAAAAACAGGACGAAUCCAAGAAAAAUACCACGUAUACGUUUGCCGUUGAAGAGAACGUCGUCGAACAAAUUAAAAAAUUAAAUUACAAACUUUUCAUCAACUUUUCAAGAAUUCAUGUCAGAUAUUUGGGUUCUUUGAGAUCGAAAGAUAAAAGCAAAAGCGAAAACGACGAAGUAAAAACUGACGAAGCGGAAGAAAAAACCGAAGGAGCGGAAAUAAAAACAGAAAACGCAGAUGCCGCAACCGAAGAACUCAAUAUCGAUCCGGAAGAAAUAGUUGGAUCAUUAACUAAUGAAGAACUCAAAGCUGUCACUGAUGCAAAUUGAUGAAAUUACUUUUUUAGAUCCAUUUUCAAAAUUUUUUUCUAUUUUUAAAUAAACUUUUCCAUUUUUUCAAAUGAUUUCAAAAUAUUGCUUUUUAAAGAGGAGUAAACCUCGUAAAACCAUCCCCAUUACUAAGGUGUGAGUAAUCGUGCCGAAGGUAUGUAAGAUACUUGGGUUAACAGUAUCAGAAACGAUACCCUUGGGACAUCAGGCGCAAUCCCAUUGAAAUUUAGCCUUGCCUCCGUAAGCGGGGCUCUGCGGAGGUGUACUUCUAUUCCCUAGCUACUCGUGGGACAUAAUAUGAAACCUAAUUAUCGCAAUCAAUCAAACCAACCGUAUUCGGGAGCUUCAGGAGCAUACCGAAGAGCGGGAAACUCUCCAAGAGGAAAAUUUUCAAGAAAAAGAUCGGGACCAAGACCUCCGCCGUGGGCAGAUAAACCUCGCGGUCGUUAUUAUAGAUCGCCUAAAAAAUCCAGUAGCUCUACUUCGUCUUCUAAACUUUCUGGAAUACAACUUAUGGUGGCUUUAAACGAUUAUCCGAAGCUUGUAAUGACCGACGAUCAGUUAACUCUAUUGGAAGAUCAAAUAUUGGAAGCAAUCGAUAGAAUUGAAGAUGCUAAUUUCAGACCGCAAUUUUUGGAUUGCAAAAGAGAAACUGGUUCUUUAUUAGUACGAUGUAACAACGAUUCCACUGUUUCUUGGUUAAAAGACACGGUACCGACUCUAAAUUUAUGGGAAGGAGUAGAAUUAAAAAUAAUCGAUUCGGUACCAACGACAAAAGACGUUUCCAAAGUAAUAGUACCAGUGAAUUACCCUUUGAACUUUUUCACAACGGAACAAUUAGAUAAAUUACAAACUGAUAUUCUGAAAGAAAUCGAUAAGAUCCCGAUUGGAAGCUUCAUGCCUCAAUUCAUAAGUUGUAUCAAAGAUCGAGGAGCGUUAAAAUUCAAUUGCAACAAUUUACCGAGUUCCGAAUGGUUAAAAACGACCAUACCGACUUUGGAAAAUUGGCAAGACGUGGAAAUGUUGAUCUUAGAUCCUGAAGCGAUACCGGUAAGGAGUACUUUACAAUUAUGGAUUCCGGGACCCGUAGAAGAACCAGAUCAAGUACUAGAAAGAUUGGAACGGCAAAAUAAAGGAUUAAAUACGCAAGAUUGGCAAAUAUUGAGUAAAAGCGUAGAAGAAGGCGGUCAAAAAUUGUUUGUUACAGUGGACGAUUCAGUUUUAGACGCACUAAGAAAAAUCGAUUUCAAUCCUUUCUUGAAUUUCACCAGAGUUAAAAUUAAACGUUUAGGUCGAUAUAAACCUCGUCAACAGAAGAACGACGAUAAAAACGAAGGACCCGAUACGGCGUACAUCGAUUCUAAAGAAGAAAACGAAGAUCCGAUGUCUGGGGAUAUCGGUGAAUUUACAGCCAUAGAUGAGGUAACUGGAGAUGCAGAUACAGAAGAAACUACCGUUAAAAAGGAAGAAAAUUAAAUAGGACCGUAAUUCAAAAAAAUAUCGAGGAGUAAACCUCUUUUUAUUAAAAAAUCCCCAUUACUAAGGUGUAAGUAAAUCGUGCCAAUAGUAUGAAAGGUGCUGGGGUUACAAGUACCGUAAACGAUACCCUUGGGAAAUCUGGCGUAAUCCCAUUGUAUAUUAGCCUUGCUCCUGUACGCGGGGCUCUGCAGGAGUCGACCAUUUUCCCUAGCUACUCGUGGGACUACUUAUGGAUAGACAUAGUUUUAAUUCGAAUAUGCCCGCAUAUUCCGGAAGAUAUAAUAAUAAUAAUAAUUCAUCGUACUCACAAUAUUCGAGAUCGUCGUCGCAAUCGUACGACAGAAAUUUUAAUUCGCCUUUUCAGUCUCAACAGAGAUAUUCCGAUUCGAAUAUAUCAUUUCAAAAACCCAACAACUUUUCAUCUCAAAGAUCCGUAUGGAAUACUAAUAUCACAAAUUCGAUACCGUCGUUAUUUUCUCAACCUACCA